AUGCUCCCGGUGUGGGAGUCGGUGUCGGCGUGCCUGGCGUGGCUGGUGUCGGUGCCAAUGUCGGUGUCGGCGUGCCUGGCGUCGGAGCCAAUAUACAACGCGGCGGCGCCUGGGAAUGCCGUCUCCAACGCGAAUGUCGGUACGGCGCCCACCAACGCCAACGCAUACGCCGGCAAUGCUGUCUCAAACGCGAACGCCGGCGCUCCAGCAAACGCCAACGCGUAUGGCCGCGCGCCCACCGCCGUGGCCAACGCUGGCGGUGCCAACACCAACGCGAAUGCCAACGUCGGCGCUGGCCCCGGUGGCAACGAUGGCCCCGUCCAGACGAGCGGAGGCGCGACUGCGACCGCCACGGCGACUGCGAACGCUAGCACGAACGCUGGCCCGAGCGGUGGCCCCAGCAACGGACCGAGCACUGCAACUGAUGGCGCGGGCGCUACGUCUCAGAAGGCGUACCGCCAGCUUCGCCCGGAGUAA